AUGGCCGACACAGCAGAGAGCACCGAGGUUAUCCUGGGGCACCCUUUCCUACAUCAGACGAGUGCCCAGCUGGACUAUGGUCGCCGUGAGAUAACCCUAUGCGGAGAGAAGGUGCCUCGUUUUAACCCAAGCCAUCAGUCCCGGGUGCACAUUGUCAGAGUGGCCCGCACAACAGUGUUGGAAUCGGGGUGUGAGUAUGUAGUCCCCGGCACCGCCCACCUCCGCCACGCUGCUGACGGAGACCUGAUGCUGAGCCCAACUAAAGGUUUCAUCGAAAAACACCACGUACUAGUGGCUCACCUCGUCGUACAGGCGCAGCGGUCCACCAACGUUCCCAUCAGAGUCUUCAACCCUGGAGCCUUACCUGUCACGUUGAAGAGAGGCGUUGUGGCAGGGAUCCUACAACCAGCAACGGUGUUAGGGAAGCUGGAGCCCCAGCCACCCCUCGCCCCACUGGCCUCUGAACCGAUUAACUCUGUCUCUGCUUCUUUGCCCAGCCACCUGCAGGUCCUGUAUAAUGAGAGCUGUGCUAGUCUGCCAAAGGGGGACCAUGAGAGGGUGGCCUGCCUGCUACGGUCAUACAGUGACGUCUUCUCCACGGGGCCCACUGACCUUGGCCGUACUGGCCUCGUGCAGCACGAUAUCCUCACCAUCCCUGGUCCACCUGUGAAACAGCAACCACGCAGGAUGGCUGGAGACAAACAAACUGCAGCGGACCAGCAGGUGCAGCAGAGCCUGGACACUGGUGUGGCCCAACUCAGCAACAGCAGCUGGGCUGCACCAAUUGUUAUGGUAAGGAAGAAGGACCAGACUUCGCGGCUAUGUGUCGACUACAGGCUCUUAAAUGAGAGGACCAUUAAGGAUGCGUAUCCACUGCCCCGCAUCCAGGACACCUUAGACACAUUGUCCACCGCCAGGUACUUCAGCACGCUGGACUUAACAUCAGGAUACUGGCAGGUGGAAAUGACGCCGAGAGCCCGAAAAGCCGCUGCUUUCUGCACCCGUAAGGGCCUGUUCGAAUGGAAUGUGAUGCCUUUCGGACUGUGCAAUGCGCCGGCCACAUUCCAGAGGCUCAUGGACCGUGUCCUGGCCGGGCUGCAGUGGGAGACCUGUUUGGUGUACCUCGAUGACAUCAUUGUCCUGGGGCGGGACGGCACCGACAUGUUGGAGCGGCUGAGCCAAGUGUUCAACAGACUACGCGCAGCCAACCUGAAACUUAAAUUCAAGUGUUUCCUGUUCCGAGAGCGAGUGGCUUACCUGGGGCACAUCGUCUCCAGCAAAGGUAUCGCCACUGACCCCCAAAAGAUUCAAAAGGUGACUGAGUGGCCCGCACCCCGAAACGUCUCUGAAGUGCGUCAGUUUGUCGGCCUGGCCUCGUACUACCGACGCUUCGUCAAAGAUUUCGCCACAGUUGCCAAGCCCCUCCACAAACUCACCAAAAAGUAUGCACGUUUUAACUGGACGGAUGAAUGCCAGGAGGCGUUCGAGCAGCUGAAAAGCCGGUUGACGUCAGCGCCGGUGCUGGGUUAUCCCCUCGACAGUGGCCAACUGCUCCUCGACACAGACGCCAGUGACUGGGGAAUCGGAGCAGUCCUCUCCCAAGUACAAGAGGUGAGGAGAAUGUCGCCCACUGAGCAAAACUACUGCACCACCAGACGGUUCACCUCUCAUUUCCGGCAGUACCUGCUAGGGAGAUCAUUCAUCAUACGGACUGAUCACAGCAGCCUGCGCUGGUUGACUCGGAUGAAGGAGCCUGAGGGUCAGCUUGCUCGCUGGCUUGAGAAACUAGCAGAGUACGAGUUCCUGGUGAUCCAUCGUCCAGGGAGACGCCACCAAAAUGCGGACGCGCUCUCCAGAAGACCCUGCCGGACGUCAUGCCCAUGCACAGUGCCGGAGCCUAGCCUCAGUAACCAGUUCCAGCACAAGGGGAUUCAGUGCAACAUGGCCGAAGAGGAUGCCGUGGAAACUCCUGCAGAAGCAACCUCCAGUUGCUAUGGAGGCAGCCCUGCAGUUGAGUCUAAGCAUCUUCCAGUGGGGGUAGCGGACGUUUUCAGUGAUGAUCAAGCUGGCUCUCUGUUCCGACCAGGUGUCUACAGGGUGAGUGAGCCAGCCCAAACCAACCUGUUCAGUGGUUGGACCCAAGAGCAGUUAAUCAGUGCCCAAGAAGCUGACCCAGAUAUAGCACCAGUGAGGAAGUGGAUGGACGAGGGGAGGAGCAGGCCACCCUGGGCGGACAUAGCACCCUACAGCCCUGCCACCAAAGCCUACUGGUCGCAGUGGAAAAGGCUCUACCAGAAAGACGGCGUUUUGCUGAGGAAAUUCUACUGCACAGAUGGAAAGGUGUUCUAUCCACAGAUCCUGUUGCCUCAAGAGUACCGCACCUCAGUCACGGAGCAAUUGCACGAUGGCCCAGUCGGUGGCCACUUUGGAGGAGAAAGGACACUCGCACGUCUCAAGGCCCGGUACUACUGGUACAAUAUGAGGGAUGACGUCACUCUGUGGUGCCGCACCUGCACCAGCUGUGCUGCAAAAGCCCGCCCGAAGAAAACACCUCAAGCCGCCAUGGGCACAGUGCGAGUUGGUGCCCCCUUCGAACGCAUCGCAGUCGAUUUAAUGGGACCAUUAAAUGAAACUGAAAGGCGCAACCGCUACAUAAUAGUAGUACAAGACUACUUCAGCAAAUGGGUGGAAGCCUACCCGGUUCCCAAUGAACAAGCAACGACGGUGGCCGAGAAGAUUGUUUCCGAGUGGAUGUGCCGGUACGGAGCUCCACAGUGCCUACACAGCGACCAAGGUACCAAUUUCGAGUCAGCUGUGUUCCAGAGAAUGUGUGAACUGCUGGGAAUCGACAAGACACGGACCACGCCGUUUCGGCCGCAGUCAGACGGCCAAGUAGAACGUUUCAAUGCCACCCUGCAGAAAAUCAUAGCCACCACUGCGGAACGAUGUCACUGGGACUGGGACAUCAUGACCCCAUAUGCAGUCAUGGCCUACCGUGCAUCCAAACACAGCUCCACGGGCCUGACGCCUAACAUGAUGCUGUUCGGGCGGGAAAUUACAGAGCCAGUGAAUCUUGUUGCUGGGUUGCCACCUGACCCAGACAACACUACUACCCCUCCAUCCUAUGUCGUACAGCUCCGGGAAAGGCUCGAGCUAUCUCACCAGUUGGCCCGGGAGGCGCUGGGAAAAUCUGUCGAGCGUGCCAAACGACAGUACGACAAAAAUGUUUGCAGAGUCCAACACAAAGUCGGUGAUGCAGUAUGGUUCCUAGUCAAAGGCACCAAGAGAGUAAAGGAUAAAGUGCGGAAGUUCCUGCCUUCCUACGAGGGUCCGUACUUCAUUGUGGGCGUACUGGACGACUUGGUCUACCGGAUUAAAAAGGGUCAGAGGAUGAAGAUGAAAGUCGUUCAUCACGACAAACUCAAAGCUUACCAUUCCAGGACAGCACUAGACAACAGCUGGACAUUUCGGGAGGCUGGAACGUGGGCACCAGUGGAGGCGCCACCCCCGUCGUCAGACCCCAGCUCUUCAGAAAUCGACAGCAGUCCCCUUGACCUUUGGGGCACGUCACCAGAGACGGAGGACCCUGUUGUGGAGGCCCUUCCAGGCCUCUUCUCUCCACCACCAUCACCGAGCAGCAGCCAGCUUCCUUGCCACCCCGCCAGUGGCGCCUCCAGAAAAUUAUUCCAGGGGAUUGAUGAGAGCAAUCGCUCGGCGGAGAAUGACGAAAUGAUAAUCAAAUUUAACACCGCCUACAACAUCGCUAAAGAGGAACUCCCGUUCACAAAAUUCAAAUCACAGAUCAUACUAAUGAAGAACGGACUGAACGUCAACCCCACGUAUUCCAACGACACUGCGUUAAAAGAGACUAUUCUGAACGAGUCUGGUGGACCGCUGACGGCUGAGGAACGAGCCAAGGAUGAGGAGCUGAAUGCUGAUGCUUACUGUUCGUUGGCGCCAUUGCUGGAUAACAAAGCGGACACUGAGACUGUGACAGAGUACAUUAUCCGGGCAGAGCAGAUCUUCACAGCGCUCAGAGGCACAGGCGAGGCACCGAGUGAGGGGUUGAUGAUGGCUAUGAUUAUGCGGGGACUCCCAGAGAACUACAAGCCGUUUACGCUGAUGGUAACCCACGGUUCAGCGGAGAUGAAACUGGCGGAGUUCAAGGCUAAGCUGCGAAACUUCGAGGCGUCGGAGGAUGCUGAGCCAGUAGCCGAGAUGGCGGGAGAAAGGGUGCUGAAGGCUCACGCAGCACUGAAGAAAAAGAACAGCGGAUCUUCGACAGAGAUGGCGUGUUGGCGGUGCGGUGAAAGGGGACAUCGAAAAGAUGAGUGCACAAGAAAAGUUUGGUGCGGUUCCUGCAAAAGCACAAGCCACAGCGACAACGCCUGCAGGAAGAAAGAGCGUGCACAAAGGUCCAGGUGUGCUGGCGCUGAAGAUCACGGCGGUGGUGGCAACGGCAGCGGCAGUGAUAGCAGCAACAGCAGCGGCGGUGGCAGUAGCAGAGGCGGCGGCAGCAGCGGUGGUAGCAGUGGCGGUCGGGCAGCGAAUGGUGGACGGAUCGAGGCGCGGGGACCCGCGAGAGUCGACUUCACAUUCCGGGCAGAGACCGAGGACACCUGCAAGCCAGCGCAGCAGCGGCAGAUUGAGGGAAAAGGGCUGAUCGUCGACACUGGCGCGACAUCCCACAUGCUGAACGACAGGAGCCGGUUCAAGUCCUUCGACAGCACAUUCAAGCCGGAGAGCCACAGCAUGGAGCUGGCCGACGGGAGGCAGACAUUCGGGUUGGCGGAAGGCAGAGGAGACGCACAGGUGUGUCUCACCGACAGCGACGGACGAACAUGUACAGUGACUCUCAAGAACGCCCUGUACAUCCCUUCGUUCCCACAAGAACUCUUCUCCGUGAAGUGUGCCACUGCACACGGUGCCAAGGUACUCUUCAAGGAAGGUAACGAUGUUCUUGUAGCGCCUGAUGGUGCAAGGUUUAGCAUUCAAGUGUGUGACAGAAUGUACUACUUGCAAACCAAGUGUGAUGACAAUGAUAUGUGCAAUGUUAGCCAUGAUAUUCAAACCUGGCAUGAAAUUAUGGGGCAUUGUAACUAUGAUGACAUACUGAAACUGCAGGAUGUAACCCUAGGCAUGCACAUUAAGGGUGCAAAGCGUAAGCCUGAAAAGGAAUGUCAUGUGUGCAUAGAGGGGAAGUUUACUCGGACGAGAAACAGAAAUGCAACAGACAAGGUGAAAACACCACUGGAGUUGGUAAACACUGAUCUAGCUGGUCCAGUGACCAAUGGUUCAAUUGAGGGUUACAGGUACAUGCAAUCUUUCACAGAUGUGUGCACAGGAGUAGUAUUCACAUACUUCCUCAAAGCAAAGAGUGAUGCCGUACUGGCUACUGAAAAGUUCUUGGCUGACAUAGCGCCUUAUGGCAGUGUGAAAUGCAUCCGGUCAGACAACGGGACCGAGUUCACAAGCAGAGAGUUUAAGACGCUCCUGCGAAAGAACAAGAUCAGACAAGAGACGUCCUGUCCUUACUCCCCACACCAGAAUGGGAUAGCUGAGAGGGAAGGGCGCACUCUCUUUGAGAUGGCAAGGUGUAAGCUCAUUGACAGCAACUUACCUAAGAGUCUAUGGCAUUACGCCGUUCAGGAAGCAGCAUACACCAGAAACCGAUGCUUUAACAAGCACAUAGGCACAACACCAUACACAGCACUGACAGGGAAGAAGUGUGAUCUAGCCAAGAUGCACAAAUUCGGGUCAGAGUGUUAUGCGUACAUACAAGACAAGGGUAAACUAGAUCCCAGGUGUGAGAAGGGUCUUUUCGUAGGGCACGACAAAGGCAGCCCAGCCUAUCUAGUUUACUACCCCACCAAAGGUAAAGUGCAGAAGCACAGACUGGUCAAGUUUAUCACUAAGACCACAUGUGACAGCGAGACUCAGACUCAGGACUUAGGACUUGACCCCAUUGUAAAUAGUGACAAGACCGACGCACCACAGCCCAGUGCUCAGAGCACAGACGUACAGACUGACAGUCCACAAUCCCCAGAGGAUGAUGGCGAGGAGCACCAAAGGGUGACGCCACAGGCCCCAAGCAGUGGGAGGUACCCCACUAGAGAGCGUAAGCCCCCAAGUUAUCUCUGUGAUUAUGCUACUGAGGAUGAUAGUGGUGAUGAUGAUAGCACACUCACCAGUGUUGACUAUUGCUACCGAGCAGUGUGUGGUGUGCCACUGACCUUUAAGCAGGCUAUGACAUCAUCACAAGCAGGUAAAUGGAAGAGGGCAAUGGACGAGGAGAUGCAGUCAUUAGAGGAGAACCAGACCUUUACCCUGACAAAAUUGCCAGAGGGCAGAAAGACAGUGGGAGGUAGGUGGGUAUACUCAAUUAAAGAGGGUGGUGAUGGGUGUGAGCAGUACAAGGCCAGAUUUGUGGCGAAGGGGUAUAGCCAGAGAGAGGGGAUAGAUUAUGGAGAGACAUUCUCCCCCACGGCAAAUAUGACCAGUGUACGUGUAGUCAUGCAAAAGGCAGCACAAGAGAACUUGGUACUACACCAAAUGGAUGUAAAGACGGCGUAUCUACACGCACCCAUUGACCGAGACAUUUACAUGGAACAACCUGAAGGGUAUGGAUUCCUAUGAAUAUGUUCCAACUGUUCAUGAGGAUAACCAGGGCACUAUUGCACUUGUGAAGAACCCUGUGUGCAGACAAAGGUGCAAACAUGUUGACAUCAAGUAUCACUUCAUAAGGUCAACCAUUAAAGAUGGGAAGAUGACACUUGUUUAUUGUCCAACAGAUGAGAUGGUAGCAGAUGCUAUGACCAAGCCUGUCUCAAAGGUUAAACUGAGGACAUUUUCAGGAGUCAUGUUUGGUGUAAGCAUCUGAUGAAUAGUAAAUAUGUUUUUGAUUUAAUUCUGUAUUUGUUUAUUCUGAUUGUUAAAAGCUGUACAGCAGGCCUAUUCAACUAGCGGCCCGUGGGCCAAAUGCGGCCCCUCUCAAUUUUUUCCUGGCCCGCAAGAGGUUGCAUGCAAAAAAUAAAUAAAAUAAAGGAGAAACAUAGUUGCAUGCAAACCAGGUUUCUGUGUGUAGCCGGUGAUACUAGCCAGUAUCAGUAUCCCACAACCAGGAACUGGCAUCACUUAUUCUGACAAUGUUUGGCUCAACCGAUACGUGUGAGUCUAGCUUUUCUCAUAUGAAUGCCAUCAGAACAAGGGCACGUUGCUCCAUGGCCUAUGAGAAGCUGCAUGAGUGUCUCAGGAUGAGCCAAACUAGGCAAACAAGGCAGUGCAAUCUUUCUCACUGACUCACUGGCUCAAAAUGUCUCAUAUGUACAGUAGUUCUGUUUUGUGAUGAUUCAAACAACAUUGUUUAAUUCUAAAUAUGUGUCCAAAAUAUGUGAGAACAAAAUCUUUUAUAAUGAUACGAUUAAAAGUGAAGAAGGAAGGAAUGCGUCUGACAAGUUUAUUCCAUGUAGUAGUACUAUAUUUAUUAAGUUAACACUACUUUAAGUACGAUUUAUUUGUAGCGAUUCAUUCACGUAGUUUUACUCUGUGUGGCCCAUGAACCCCCAGUGAUUUUCCUUUUCGGCCCACUUGAUAAGGAGGUUGAAUAGCCCUGCUGUACAGGAUACAGGUCACUCAUAAGUGGGAGUGUUGACAUAAGUAUGUAUGAUUGACUGUGAUGUAUUCUGUACUGUAUAUCUGUUCCACACCACAAGGGGGUGUUAUCAGUUUGAUAAGAGAUGUGAUAUGAUUGGUGACGUCAUGCCCCCUAUAAAUAUGAAUGUUCUGGACUUGAUAAUUCUCUUGGCCCGCUCCCAACAUGAAGGCUGGAAGAGCAGUUUAGUUAUUCACUAUAAAAUAAAUAUGCCUUGAGGCUGAAGAGUAAAACUCGUCUCGUCUACUUUUCUGUUGUUGCACUGUUGGACUCCUGCUGUGUUUAGUAGUGCUCCUG